AUGGCUCGACAAGAAAAGGGCCUAAAAACGGGUUUUGUGAUAAAACUAUCAGACGAAACUGUGCAAAAAUUAGUAGAAGAGAAAUCACAAGCUAAACAGCAAAUUGAAGAAGUCGUUAAGUCUGAGAGUGAGAACACGGACUCAAAUAAAGAUGAUAAGAAAGUAGCACCCGAAGGUAAAGAGAAUUCUAAGUCUGAGGUUAGUUCACCACCUGUAUCUGAUAAGAAAGAUACAAAUCCUCAAACUGUGAAUGAUCAGGAUAAAUUUGACAAAAGUAGUAAAACUGAGGAUACUAAUAAAGCUGAAUCAACCUGGGGUGAUUAUGCACCAUACAUUACAUAUGAAGGUGAAGAAGCUAUCUACACCGACCCUUCAAACCAUCAGAAAUACAUUUGGAGCACUGAAUCCAAUUCUUGGACAUUGAAACCAGGACAAGAAGUACAAGGAAGAGAGUAUAGUUAUGAAAAUGAUACUCAUAUUUAUACAGAAGCUGAUGGAUCCAAAUUUUUCUGGGAUGUUGACAAGAAAGCUUGGAUUCCAAAAGUUGAUGAUGACUUCUUAGCUUUAUAUCAAAUGUCAUAUGGAUUUGUUGAUAAUAAAGCUGAAGAGAAAGACAAGAGUAAAGUAGAAGAAAAAAAGAAAGAACAAAAGAAAGCUGAUCUCACAACAGCAGCAGGAGUAAAACGGAAAGCUGAACCACAGUGGUUCCAGCCAUCAGAAGAAACUAACACCAAGGUGUAUGUGUCAAAUCUACCUCUAGACUUAACUGAAGAAGAAUUUGUCAAUUUUAUGCAAAAAUGUGGCUUAGUAGAACGAGACCCUAGCAACCAAAAGAUGAAAGUAAAAUUGUACAAAGAUAAAGAACAAGAUUGUUUCAAAGGUGACGCGCUGUGUACUUACAUUAAAAUAGAAUCUGUAGAUUUGGCAUUAAAGUUACUUGAUGGCAGUGAUUUCAAAGGGAACAAAAUUAAAGUGGAAAGAGCAUCAUUCCAAAUGAAAGGAGAAUACAAUCCAGCAUUAAAACCAAAGAAGAAAAAGAAAAAAGAACUUGAGAAACUUAAGAAAAUGCAGCAGAAAUUGUUUGAUUGGAGACCAGAAAAGUUUAUUGGAGAAAGAUCGAAACAUGAAAGGGUUGUUAUUGUCAAAAAUCUAUUCCAUCCAACUGAUUUUGAUCAAGAGGUCCAACUAAUCUUAGAUUAUCAGCAAGACAUGAGAGAUGAAUGUGGAAAGUGUGGAGAAGUUAGAAAAGUCGUUAUUUAUGACAGACAUCCUGAGGGUGUAGCUCAGAUUACUAUGAAAGAGCCAGAAAUGGCUGAUGCAGUUGUUGAACUCAUCAAUGGAAGGUGGUUUGGCAAACGUCAGAUUACAGCUGAAAUAUGGGACGGCAGGACCAAGUACAGGAUUGCUGAAACUGAUUCUGAGAUAAGCAAGAGGAUAAAUAAGUGGGAUGAAUUUUUGGAAGGCAAAGAUGGCGAGGAAAAGAAGAAUGGUUCUAAGGAAUCUGCUGAGAGUAAAAAGCAAGAACAGUCUAGUGACAUCACAGAUAUAAAAUCAGUAGAUAACAUUGAAAUGAAGGAUGCAACUGAGAAUGUUUCUGGAGAUAGUAAAAAAGAAGUUGGUAAUGAAACCACAAAAGUUGCAGAAGAUGUUAAUCAAAGUGGUUGA